CGGACGCAGCUGGCCCCGCCCGGCGGAUCAGCUGAGGGAUCCGCGAUGUCUGUUGACAGCGGCGGCGGCGGCGCGGCCGGUUCCGGGUUCGGCGCCCGUUGGGGGAUGUGAAUCCGAUGGAGCAGCCCGGGGAAGGCCCGCAGCCGCCGCAGCAGCAGCCGUGGGGGAGGCUCCUCCGCUUGGGCGCCGGCGAGGGCGAGCCGCACGUGCUCCUGAGGAAGCCGGAGUGGACCAUCGGGCGGAGGAGAGGUUGUGACCUUUCAUUCCCUGGCAAUAAACUAGUCUCUGGAGAUCACUGUAAAAUUACCGUGGAUGAAAAAUCUGGUCAGGUGUCGCUGGAAGAUACCAGCACCAAUGGAACAGUAAUUAACAAGCUGAAGGUUGUUAAGAAGCAGACUUGGCCUUUGCAAACUGGGGAUGUCAUCUACUUGGUGUACAGGAAGAAUGAGCCAGAAUACAACGUGGCAUACCUCUAUGAGUCUCUGAAUGAAAAGCAAGGCAUCGCACAAGACCCCUUUGAAGCUAAUAAAGAGAAUGUGUUCCACGUGACCAAAGAUACCUCAGGUGCAGGGCAAGGUGACGAUCCCCAGGUCCUGCCGUCCUCGCCCACCACUCAGGCGUGCUUCGAGGAACCACAGCCAUCGACGUCGACAUCAGACCUCUUCCCCACGGCCUCUACCUCUUCCAUGGAGCCCACCUCUGUAGGGCCAGCGCCUCCCUUCAGCCCUGGCUUCAGAGAUGCAGGCAUCUCUCCAAAAGAAUGUGGUCCAUCUGUGGCAGAUGCUGAAACCGCCACCUUGCCCUUGGUUCUCCCAGAGAAAGAAGGAGCGCCCUUCUCUCAGCCAGGGUCCUGGGACCAAGAGGGUUCGGAGCCCGUCACGAAGAGAAUGAAAGCAGAGGAGGAGGCUGAGCUGAGCCUGCAGUUGCUGGUUGCAGACCAGUGUGGAGGCCCCCACACCGCCCUUGGGGGUGUCAGACCCGAGGCCGUGAAGCCAGACAAAAUGGAGGAGACGCUCACAUGCAUCAUCUGCCAGGACCUGCUGCACGACUGCGUGAGCCUGCAGCCGUGCAUGCACACCUUCUGUGCCGCCUGCUACUCGGGCUGGAUGGAGCGCUCCGCCUUCUGCCCCACCUGCCGCUGCCCGGUGGAGAGGAUCUGUAAAAACCACAUCCUGAACAACCUGGUGGAGGCGUACCUUCUCCAGCACCCAGACAAGAGCCGCAGCGAGGAAGAUGUGCGGAGCAUGGCUGCCAGGAACAAGAUCACACAAGACAUGCUGCAGCCCAAAGUCAGAAGGUCUUUCUCUGACGAGGAGGGCAGUUCCGAGGACUUGCUGGAGCUGUCAGAUGUGGACAGCGAGUCCUCGGACGUUAGCCAGCCGUACAUCGUGUGCAGACAGUGCCCUGAGUACCGGAGGCAGGCGGGCCAGCCCCUCCCCUGCCCAGGUCCUGGCAGUGAGCCAGGGGCAGCCCAGGCUCCUGGGGACGCACCAUCCACGUCCACCAGCGUCACGACAGCCCAGGAUUACGUGUGCGCCCUGCAAGGCAGCCAUGCCAUAUGCACCUGCUGCUUCCAGCCCAUGCCCGACCGGAGGGCAGAACGUGAGCAGGACCCCCGCAUCGCCCCCCAGCAGUGUGCUGUUUGCCUGCAGCCUUUCUGCCACCUGUACUGGGGCUGCGCCCGGGCUGGCUGCCUUGGCUGCCUGGCCCCAUUCUGUGAGCUGGACCUGGGUGACAGGUGUCUGGACGGGGUUCUGAGCAACAAUCACUAUGAGUCAGACGUCCUGAAGAAUUACCUGGCAACCAGGGGUUUGACGUGGAAAAACAUGUUGACUGAAAGCCUCAUGGCUCUGCAGAGGGGGGUGUUUCUGCUGUCAGAUUACAGAAUCACAGGGAACACUGUACUCUGUUACUGCUGUGGCCUGAGAAGCUUCCGAGAGCUGACCUACCAAUAUCGGCAGAACAUUCCUGCUUCCGAGUUGCCAGUGGCUGUAACAUCCCGUCCUGACUGCUAUUGGGGCCGCAACUGCCGCACUCAGGUGAAGGCCCACCACGCGAUGAAAUUCAAUCAUAUCUGUGAACAGACAAGGUUCAAGAACUGAGCAUGUAGGAGGCACCAAGGUGGCGUGGGGGUAGUGGAAUUCAGCGACCGUGUGUUCAGGAAAUACCGGAUACGAACAUUUUAAGGGCAUUUUACAGUCCCCCAGGGAGUGCUGGGGGUCUCUACAUCCGGCACUGUAGUGUGGCUUUUUCUUUUGUGGCGCGAGACCCACCCUCCCCACAGUGGCCUGAGAGGCCUGGGGUGGCACGAACAGCCCCUCCUCUGGCCUUGGGGCCACCAGAGCGCCAUCAGCCAGAAGAACUGCUAUCAGCCGCCCCCUCGCGCUCAGACGAUGACGUUCAGGUUUGCUCUUCGGACCUUUCCCAAAACUGUGGCUAGGACAGACGUCUCUCUUCAAGGAAGCUCUCAUGGGAGAAAAAAGAAAGUCUGUCAGAACGGUCCUGUCAUUGAAGGGAAAGCGGGCAAAGGGCUUACAGCCUGUGGGCACAGCGAAGGCCCUGCGCGGGGAGAGCCACGGCUCCUAGGCGCUUGUAUUUAUGAGAGGUUUGGUGCUGAUCUUCUAGCAAGAUUUAUCACAGACUGUAGCACAAGUAAUAUAAUAUAUAAUUUGCAAAUUGACUAAAAUUGGGAUAGUAGGGGAUUUGAAGGAAUAAACGUGUUUCUGUUUAUUACAAAAAGGAAAAAAUCAGACGUCCGGAACCGCUAACCCUAGACCCCCAGUGUUAGGCGCGUGGCCCGGUCCCAGAAGGGGGUAAGGUGGGUCGUUCCCACCCUCAGCCUGCUGUGGAGCAGAGCCCUGGUGCCCGCUUCUCUCUCCAUGGGCACAGCCGCAGGCCCUGCUGAGCUGCCCCGUGGUCUUUGUUCCCUGCUGGGCUAGCUCGGCCCCGGGGUGCCCCGGCCCUCCUGGGGCGGCCCCUGCCCUGAGAGUGCCGGGGACCUUGUGGGCGAGACCUCGUCUCCUUCGUUGGGUUUGCCAUGUCAUCUGGAAUGAUACUUGAAAUUUUGUUCUUUGUUAAAAAAAAGUUUUUUAUCGUUUGUUGAAAUCAUUUGUUAUUUUUGUUUGCAAAAUUGUAACUUUUUGCUUCUUCUCAGGAAUAGGAUUUUCAACUGUUGUCUUGCUCUUGAUACAGACUCUGAGAAGCAGCGCUGUUUGUGGAAAAGGCCUCCUUCCGUAUUCUAAUAAACAAGCCGUGUCUGUUUCUCUCCCUA